UGGUUAAAAAAAAUAUUGAAAAUUAUCAAGGAUGGCUCGUGAAUCGGUAAAACUGAUUCCUUUAAUAUCUUACAAUUAUUUUCUUACGUAAUGGGUUCAUACAAAAAGCGACUUUGAACUUAUUUACGUGUCAUUCCUCGAUAAAUACUCAAGAUGGUAGCUGGGAAAUUAGCUUUUGUAACAGGCGCAGGAAGCGGUAUAGGCAAAGAAGUUUGCCGAAUUUUAGCACGACAAGGAGCUAAAGUUGUCGCUACCGAUCGGAAUUUACAAGCUGUUGAAGAGACUGUCGAAUCUUUAAAUGAUUCCAAACAACAUCUCGCUUUAAAUUUGGAAGUCUCAGAUGCAGCCAGUGUUAAGGAAGCAUUUACAAAUGCAAUUAAUAAAUACUCCAGACCACCUACCAUUAUAGUGAAUUCUGCAGGCAUCACCCGUGAUCAGUUCAUCUUAAAAAUGAGUGAAAAGGAAUUAGACCAAGUACUCAAUGUAAAUUUAAAAGGAACAUUCCUAGUUAUGCAAACUGCAGUUCAACGAAUGAUCGAAGCUCAAGCAAGCAAAGAUGGCUCAAUUGUUAAUUUGAGUUCAAUUUCUGGCAAAGCGGGAAAUAUAGGUCAAGCUAAUUACGCUGCAUCUAAAGCAGGUGUGAUAGCUCUUACACAGACAGCUUGCUAUGAAUUUGGACAAUUUGGUGUUCGUGUUAAUGCAGUAUUACCAGGUUUCAUACAGACUCCAAUGACAGAAACAGUGCCUGAUAAAGUACAACAACUUGUUAUUAAGAAAAUAUCACUUGGCAGAAUGGGAAAGCCAGAAGAAGUGGCUGAAGUUAUCACAUUUUUAGCAUCUAGUAAAAGUUCCUAUGUCAGUGGAGCAUCUAUUGAAGUUACAGGGGGAAUGAAUUAA